CGGUCACGCUGAUUUCCAAACGCAACAAUUUAUGAAUUUGUUUACCAGCCGACCGGUGCGGCAAUAAUUCUGAAACGCGUGCUCGUUUCUGCGUUUCGCUACCUGCAAUAACACUUUUCUUCGAAUUCGCGACAAUAACACAAAAGAAGGCAGCCAGACGAGAGGCGGCGCAGGCAUAAACGAACAUAUAUUUGUAAUGCUUGACGAUUUCGCGGCAUUGAAUCUGAGACCUGCAAACCUGAAGGACAACAACAUGGAGAGAGCAGCAACAGUAACAACUGCGGACUUGGAUGCGUGCUCGUUGUCAUCGCUCGAGAGCGAAAGUGAUUUAUCCUUGGCCUUUGAACGUGAUCACGACGAACCUACGGACUGUGAUGAGUUGCCAGCCUUUGAGAUUAGAGCCUUCUCCCCACAUGGACGCACACCGUCGCCCAUCGACGACCUCAACAUGUCGGACAUUGAAGCAACUCCCAAGGCUGAGAAUGGACAGCAAGAACAGAGUAGCCCUGGCCGUCAAAACAAUCCAGACUUCGUUGCCUUGCAUGAAAUUAAUGCACAAAUCAGUGCACCCAACGAAAAUGCGGCCGGCAAUGAGUCCAUAGCUAGCAUUACCCGUGCCAACAGUUUGGAGACCAUCUUCGAGGGCGUUUUCCUACAGACGCCACCACGUGAGACACUCAACAAAAGUGGCAAUUCCGGCUCGGCAAAUCGUAGUACACCGAAAAGAAGUCGCGUAAAUCUGAUGGAAUUGGUGGCCAUGAAUCGUCUGGCCAAUGGCGGCAAGGAGAAUAAGUCACCCAGCAAGGAAAAACCCAAUGAACUUACCUAGUUACCAUUUUCCUUAAUAAUAAGUAGAACCAAAGCCAUAAAAGACAUUUUCGUUUAGACUGCCCCCUUGAUUAAAGAAUUUUGUAGCAUUAAGUCUUAGAUAUAAAUGAGAAGCAUGCACUUCUGUACACAUUGUGUAUUUGAAAGUAUGUAGGAUAUCAUUUUUAUGUUUCGGAUGCUGAAUUUAAAUAUGUAUGUAUAUGUAGAUUGGUAAAAACAUAUGUCUUUCCAUGUUUCAAACAUUUCAAACUGUGUUUUCAAUUUUAUGACGGGCCUGCUUUUGCAUUUGUACCUAGCUUCAGUUUCAGCGGAAAGACGCGGCUACCUGAAUCGAGUUCUGAAAGUUCCGGCAGAAGAUUAUGCUAUAUAGAUAUAAGCACCUGCUUUGGA